AUGUUUUCAACACUGAAACGUUUGGCAAACAAAACCGUAGAAAAAGAUACAACUGUUAAUACAACUUCUCAUCCUAAAGCAUUACCUCAGGAUUUACAACGAUCUUUUUCUAAAGGAAUUCAAUACAAUUUAAAAUUAGUUAUUAAAGGAGAUAGAAAUGUUGGUAAAACUUGUUUGUGGAACCGUUUACAAGGAAAGCCAUUUCUAGCAAAUUAUGAAGAGACAGACGAAAUCCAAGUUGCUCAUAUUCAAUGGAAUUAUAAGAAUACAGAAGAUGUUGUAAAAGUUGAAGUAUGGGAUGUAGUUGAUAAAGGAAAAAGACGGCCAUUAUCGUCUUCAAGGUCAUGUGAUGUUCUAAAAACGGAGCAUGAUAAAGUUAAAUUAUCUCCUAUACCAGUAGAAGAUACUCCAGUUCUAGAUGCCGAACUAGUUGAUGUUUACCGUUGUACAAAUGGUGUCUUACUAGUAUUGGAUAUCACUAAAAGAUGGACAUUGGAUUACGUAUACAAUGAACUUCCUAAAAUUCCAGAUAAUAUUCCAGUAUUAGUAUUAGGUAACCAUUGUGAUAUGAACCAUCAUCGAAGUAUCAAUGGGGAGGAAAUUAUUUAUCAUCUGAAGACUCUAGACAGGGGUACACCUAUUCGGUAUGCUGAAGUUUCAAUGUCAAAUGGUUUUGGUUUACGGCUAAUUUAUAAAUGGAUUGGUAUUUCAUUUUUGCAACUCCAACGGGAAAACAUAAUAAAUCAUUUAGAAACAAAUGGAAGUGAAACAAAAAUUAUGACCAUGGAGUUGGAUGUUUAUCAGCAGAGUAAUGAAGCAAAUUAUGAUGAGUUUUUAUCUAGAUUAUCUAAACAACGAAGAGCUGAUGCGGAAAAUAAAUCAGUGGCCCCUACUUUACCUUUACCUUUAUUAAAUAAACCGUCACCAAAUAUAAAAGAAGCUAAAUCUCCAGUAGAAAAUUCAAAAAUUAUAGAUUCCAAAACUCAAGAUAUUGCACAAAAAAUGUUUCCUGGAAAUAAGUCUAAUGUAGUGCAAACAGAAUUAAGGAAAGAUGUCAACAUACUUAAUGAAGAACCUCUUAUAAAAACUCCUUCGAUAAUAAAUAUUAACAACUUAGAUGACUUUGUUCCUGAUGACGAAUUAGAUAAAUCAUUUUUAGAAGAUUCAGGUCAUGGGGAUAUUGUUCCUAAAACAUCUAAAGAAACAGAGAUACAUUCUGAUGAAAGUGACGAUGAUUGUGGAAAUCCAAUGGUGGCUGGUUAUCAAGCAGAUGUAGAUCCUGAUGAUUUUACACCAGAUAUUGAUAGAAUUAAGAUUGAAAAGAACAAUGUUGAAUCAAAUGAUAUAAACAAUUGGUCCUCUAUUCAAAAUACUACAAGACCAAGACCAGAGGGCGGUGAAGAUGAAGAAUCAAAACAACGUGUAGAUGGAUUAAGUAAUGUUAGUAAAAAGGUAAAAGAAAAAAAAGCCAAGAGUAAAAGUGAAAAAAAGAAUAAAAAGAAGACUAAUAGUCCUAAAUCCGAGUAUGAGAACUUGGAAUGUUUUUUGAAUGAUUAA